AUGAAACUUCUGAGGCUCUUGUCCCUGCUCACACUCUUCUUCUCCUUGUUGUUCAUCUUCCACACACAAGCAACAAGUAUCUCUGUUGGCCCGCUGAAACUGACAUACCACCCAUUUGACCCUCUAUCAAAACAAGAGAUAACACUUGUCCAAACUAUAGUCCUAAAGAAAUAUCCCACUUCAACUCACAGGGUCAACUUCCACUACGUUGGUCUAGAUGACCCUGAAAAAUCCACUGUCCUCAAAUGGGUAUCUUCCUCUUCCCGUGUUCAAACCUCACGAAAUGCCUUUGUCAUCGUUAUGGUCAACAGCGAAAUACACGAGAUCUUAAUCAACCUAAGAUCCUCGAACAUUGUCUCUGACAAAGUUCGACGUGGAAAUGGUUUCCCUACACUAACCGUUGAUGAACAAGGCGAGGCCAGUCUGUUGCCGCUGAAAUAUGGUCCCUUUAUUGAGUCGGUGAAGAAGAGGGGUUUGAAUCUAUCUGAAGUGGUGUGUUCUGAUUUCACAGUUGGGUGGUAUGGGGAAGUUAAGAGCCGAAGGGCUUUGAGGAUCGAGUGCUUCAUGAAGGAAGACACUGCUAAUAUCUAUGUGAGGCCUAUUAAUGGAAUAACAAUGCUUGCAGAUAUUCAUGACAUGAAGAUUAUUCAGUACCAUGAUAAAUCUAUGGAACCUGUUCCUAAGUCAGAAAACACCGAAUACAGGGCUUCACAUAUGAAACCACCAUUCGGUCCAAAGCUUCAUUCUUUUGCUUCCCAUCAACCGGAGGGGCCAGGGUUCACCAUCAAAGGCCACACUGUCAGCUGGGCGAACUGGAAUUUUCAUAUAGGGUAUGAUGUACGAGCUGGUAUAAUAAUUUCAACAGCAAGAAUUUACGAUGCUGAGGUACACAAAUAUCGUCACGUGUUAUACAGAGGAUACAUUUCAGAGCUGUUUGUGCCGUACCAAGACCCAAGUGAGGAAUGGUAUUAUAAGACUUUCUUUGAUGCUGGUGAGUUUGGGUUUGGUCAGUCUAUGGUUUCUUUGGAGCCCUUGCAGGAUUGUCCCCCACACGCUCAGUUCUUUGAUGUAUAUUAUGCGGGGCGUGAUGGUACCCCACAACACUUGGAGAAUGCUUUUUGCGUGUUUGAAAAUUAUGGCGCUAUCAAUUGGCGUCAUACAGAAACAGGCAUUCCCAACGAGGAAAUACGAGAAGUUAGGUCGGAUGUCAGUCUAGUGGUUAGAUCAGUGGUCACUGUGGGCAACUACGAUAAUGUAAUGGAUUGGGAGUUCAAGACAAGUGGCUCAAUCAAGCCUGAGAUAUCACUAUCAGGCAUGCUGGAAAUUAAGGCAGUGGAUGUUAAGCACAAAGACGAGAUGAAGCAAGAUAUGCAUGGCACUUUGGUCUCAGAACACAGCGUUGGGGUUUACCAUGAUCACUAUUACAUAUACCAUCUUGACUUUGACAUUGAUGGUGUAGACAACUCCUUUGUGAAGACAAAUCUGAAGACUGUGAAAGUAACUGACAACAGUUCAAAGAGAAAGAGCUAUUGGACAACUGAAACUCAAGUUGUUAAGACUGAAACUGAUGCAAAGACCAAGCUUGGGAUGAGCCCUUCUGAGUUGGCACUAGUGAAUCCUAACAAGAAGACCUCCACUGGAAAUGAUAUAGGGUACCGUCUGAUUCCAAAUGCUGCAGCACAUCCCCUUCUGAUAGAGGAUGAUUACCCUCAAACCAGAGGUGCUUUUACCAACUACAAUAUUUGGGUUACCCCAUAUAAUAGGACUGAGAAAUGGGCUGGUGGACUAUAUGUUGAUCAGAGCCGUGGAGAAGAUACAUUAGCUAUUUGGACCAAAAUGAAUAGGAGUAUUGAGAACAAGGAUAUUGUGCUGUGGUAUGUAGUUGGAAUCCACCAUGUUCCAUGCCAGGAAGACUUCCCAUUAAUGCCACUAUUGAGCACUGGAUUUGAGUUGAGGCCAAAUAAUUUCUUUGAAAGGAAUCCAGUCCUUAAAACCCUUUCUCCAAAGCAUGUUUUAUAUGGUUGUGGGAAGCCAUAGAUGUGUUAAUUUGAUUCUGUGCUUUGCCACUUUCAGUACUUUAUUGACUGAGAGAUGAGCCAAGUU